AUGGAAGUAGAGUUCUCUGCACCAGCACAGCGUUCAAGCGAAGAAGAGGAUGAAUUCCAACGGAGUGUUAAAAAAUUUAAAGAGAGCAACGGCGCAAGGAGUUUCUUGCCACCAAGAAAACCAGUGAGUUACAAAGAUAGUCUCGUGGGAGACAUUCCUGGAGCAUAUGAACAGGCAUUUAAGUUCAAUAAAGAAUGGGAGGAAGGUUAUGAGUCAGAGGAUGAUAUGGAGCCUUUAACAGAAGGUAUGGCUGAGGUGAAGCUUUCCAAAGAAACAAAAGCUCGCAUCAGAGCGCCAUGGUUGAAAGCCUUGAUAGUGAAAGUGUAUGGUAGAUCAGUUGGAUUCCACUACCUCACUUUCAAGCUCAAUGCUUUAUGGAAGCCGACGGCGAAGAUGGAUUGUGUGACCAUGGGGAAAGGCUUCUUUCUGAUUAGAUUCAGUAGCAGUGACGAUUUUGAUGUAGUACUUCGGGGCGGCCCAUGGUUUUUAGGAGAGUAUUUUCUUGCAAUCAAGCCUUGGGAACCUUAUUUCAUUGCGUCGGAGGCCAAGCUUUCAUCAGUGGCUGUGUGGGUAAGGUUUCCUGAAUUACCAAUUGAAUUCUAUGAUGCUGCUGUAUUGAGAGAAAUUGGGAGUGUCAUUGGUCCUGUUUUACGGAUUGAUUCUUACACAGCCUCGGAAACUAGAGGAGGCUACGCAAGGCUUUGUGUGCAGAUUGACUUGGACAAGCCACUAAUUAGCUCCAUUCGAGUGGGCAGAUUAGUCCAAAGGGUAUUGUAUGAAGGUAUAUCAUCCUUGUGUUUCUGCUGCGGCAAGCUUGGGCAUAAACAGGAACACUGCAGUCUGAAAGUGAAGGAACCAAGCAAAGUUAAUGAGGCUCAGACCUCGUCGAAAACUAACGAAAUAAGUGAGGUGGUUCAGUCCGAGCCCAACUAUGGGCCUUGGAUGGUUGUUACGAGAAAAAAGGGGUUGGCUAGGAUGGGAAAGGCUAGUGGGCCAACUAAAUUAAAUACCUCAUCCCAGGACAGAUUCAAGGGCAAUCCGGACCUUUCACAAACGUCAAGCCAUGUGGAAGCAAGUGAAAAUCUUGGUAAGUCAGAUCAUAGUGAUUCAGUUGACUCAGGAAGUGAGACAACACGUGAAGAUGCAGCCCAAAUCCCGCAGAGUAAUCUUGAGAUAAGAAAGGACUGUGUCAUGGAAGAUUACAUUGAAAACUCAAGAGCUGAAGAGUUAUCACAGCGCUGA